AAAAAUACAAAACGCAUAUGUAGAAAGAGAACACUAUUUCCCUCAUUUACUAAAAUCCCCGGCUUUCAUCUUCUGCGGUCCUUUCGCUCUGUGUUCUACAAAUGCCUUUCGGGACGUUCGUUGAAGUGGAACCGCCCAGUCCACUCCGAUACAUAAUUGGGGCCGUUAUAAUGAUGAUCGGAGUCGUAUUGCCCCUCGGAUACAUGAUGCUCCGGAAUAAGCGUGGACCUUCUUCUUCUUCUUCUUACUCCAAACAGACGUAGGACCAAAGUUUUGAUUUAGUUAGAGGAAGAGACGCUUCUGUUUUGGUUUUGGGCUCUCAGCUAAUGGAGGAUGCUAUUCACAGGGUAAUGUAAAUGCAUUGAGAUUUCAAAUUUAUGUGGAAACUGACACGAUUUUAGUCCAAUUAUUGACCUUAAGCGAUGCAUUUUGUCAUUGUUUUUUCUUGAAAUCAAUGCCAUACAAUUGUAUUUCGUCAUUUGUACUUUAAUGAAUUAUGUGUGAUUACCCGUUGACCCGCAUGUUGUAUUAUGAUUAUACGACCACUAGGCAUCAAAUUAUUCUUUCUUGA